CGGCUGUCCAGUCGCCGCUUUGAACCCAAACUACAAGUUACAUCACCACCAAGGCACCAACUAUAUAUAAAGACUUCACACAAUGUUCUCACACACGCUUUCUCUCUCUCUCCUCUGCAGUCACUUCUAAAUUGUGAGAAAAAAUGCAAAACACACUGGGAAGAAACCUAAAUCUCUGCUUCACAAAGAUCCGACGGCCACCAAUGAGUACAACCCUAGAUGACAACGAUCACAGCCGUCCAUUACCAACCUCCACCGCCACCGCCACCGCCACCGCAUCCACAUCAACGUCCAUGAUUAAAAACUUCAACUCCCUCUACGACGACAAAUCCACGCUGUUCGACUCCACCACCACCACCUCAAAAUCCCUCAGCUCUUCCCUCCUCUCCACCCCCGACGACUACUCCGACACCGAUGCCCCUGCCCCCGACUUUGCCACCGCCUUUGCCUCCCGACGCUUCUUCUUCUCCUCUCCCGGCCUCUCCAACUCCAUUGUCGACCAAUCGUCAUUUGCCGCCACCUCAUCAUCCUCCAAAACAUCAACCUCCGAGACCGAAGACCGCAAGCUCUUCAUCAACCACAGCGUGGCGGUCCCCACAUUUUCCCCCGAUCCAUAUCGGGACUUCCUGCGGUCCAUGCAGGAGAUGGUGGAGGCGCGUGAGAGAACGCCAGAUUCGGAGGACGUGAAGAAGAAAUCCAACUGGGAGUUUUUGCAUGAGCUCCUCCUGUGCUAUCUUGCGCUGAACCCUAAGAGCACUCACAAGUUUAUUAUCGGCGCUUUCGCCGAUCUUCUCGUCAGCCUCAUGCCAUCUCCCUGCGGAGGCGCCCGCAUUGAAUUAGAACCGGAGUUCACCGCUGGCGUUUGCGAGGUUUCACGCCGCCCGCAUUGAAUUAGAACCGGAGUUCACCGCCGGCGUUUGUGAGGUUUCACGGUGCGUCUAGUUAGUAAUUAAACGGUUAUAAUAUUGACUUCAUUAUUUGUCAAUAUUUAGUAGAAAUUAAAAAAUAUCUGAAUUUGUUAUUAUGUAUAAUAUUUAAGUCGAUCGGUCCAUCUUUUUUUUGUUGUUUUCAAUCACAACGACAAAUCUUAUUGAAUCUUGUCCCUCAUUUUCUUCUUCUCCAGUAUCUGGCCCUUGUCCUUGUUUCUAGGCUUAGCUGUUUUUAGCUGUAUAUAUGACUGACUGGUUGUUAAAUUUUAUCCAAAAGGGAACUGGAACUGGGACACUAAAUCGACAAUAAU